AUAAAAAUGGCAGCCUCCUGUCGAUUGAUCAGCCACUGCAGAAUUUUAUCACGAUUUUGUAAUAAUAGUGGCAUUUCUCCCCAUCUAACAUGUUUACAAGGAUGCAUGGUAAGAAGAGGUUUAAAUAAUUCCAGAAAAUAUCAACCUUUGCUCAGAGAGUUAUAUAAAAGACGAAUCAAAGCUGGACCAGAACCUGAGCUCCAUCCAUCAGAAUCAGGAUGCUGGAAUUACAAUUCAGAAAUAUAUGCAUUUGGAAAAAGAUAUGGAGAAGAUUUUGAUGAGAGCUUCUUAAGGAAAGCUUUUAUUACCAGUGACUAUCGACAGGCUGAAGAAGAGAGCAGACGACAACUUGGUAUAGAUCUUGAAUCAGUUCCAGUAGGCGUGGUUGACAAUUCGGAAUUAGCACAGAAAGGUGAACAAAUUGCAUCCAGAUAUAUUAAAGCUUAUCUUAGACAUAGCUAUCCAAUGAUGUUAGAGGAGGGCAUUCAAGCUGUACAUGACUAUCUGAUGGAUGACCAGAUGAUAUACUAUAUAGCCAGUAACUUUGGUUUGACAGACUUGAUAAUGUCACCAAAUUACCCACCAGAAGACCAUAUGUACUGUACUGCAUUUAAGGCAGUUAUAGGUGCUCUUGCUGAAAGUCAGAAUGAAGAAAGAGCAGGGCUGUUUGUCAGAGAUUUUGUAGCAUCUCAGUUAGCUGGCAAAAAUUUGAUGGAAAUCUGGGAUGUGAAAAAUCCCAUGGGAUUGUUGUCAUCUGCAUUGUCUAUGCAGGGCAGAGGUCCACCAGAACCAAGAUUACUAUGGCAGUCAGCUUCAGCCACAAUGUUGUCUUUGUAUCAUGUUGGAAUCUAUAGUGAUAAGCAGCUGAUUGGAAGAUCACCAGGUGAGACAUUACCAAUAGCAGAAGAAAUGGCUGCCAAAGAUGCCUUGUCAAAAUUAAUGAACAUUUCACUUGCCGCAAAGCCUUUACAGUUUGGUGAAAAAUCAGAAAGUCGGAAAUUUGACUUUAAUCAAAGAAACCAAAGUGCUAGUGACUUACUCUCGACAUCAACAAGUAGAUAAUUUAUGAGAGACUAUAGAAUUAUGUGUAUUUUAAAUAAAUUUAAUCUCUAUUUGUUAA